AUGGAUAAGUUGCCAGUGGUUACAGGUAAUUAAUUAUGUUUAAAAAAUGAAGGAUAAAGCAAAUAUGUAGAAUAGAGCAACAGAGAAAUGAUCUUGUUUUUCUCCAGAACUAGAAAUAGAACCCACUCACGACAACAACCAGUUCUGCAGCACAUGGGGAAACUACCAUUACAAAACCUUUGAUGGAGAUACCUUCCAGCUUCCCUCCACGUGCAAUUAUGUCCUGGUUUCUAACUGCAAGGAUGACUAUGAGACCUUUGAAAUUCAGGUCCAACGGCAGGUGGAAAAUGGGACCGUCACCAUCAAAAAGGUUGCCAUAAACCUGGACGGGGUCACCAUGGAAUUAAGCGGUGCUGGCAUAAAAGUCGAAAAUGAAUUGUGAGUCUAUUUUGAUAGAGUGGCAUUUAUUCACCUACUGAUGAGCUUGUUAAAUGAGGAAUGAAUCCCCUUCAAUCUCACCGUUGUCUUUUCUUUCUUUUUUGUCGCUCUCUAGUGUCUCUCCACCAUACAAUCAGCAUGGUGUUUCUAUUGAAAAUACUAUGUCCUAUGUUAAGAUCCACUCAAACCUGGAUUUGACAAUCAUGUGGAGCCAAGGAGACUCUUUCUGGGUAUGAAUAUUCAUUGAGCUGUCUCGGUCUGAGUGUGUCAAUGUAUAAGAGGUUUUUGGUGACUUAUAGAGAGACACAGGCUCAAAGCAAGAAAAAGUUAUUACUCUAUAUUUAGUGUUACAGAAUUAUGACAGACUAAUGAAUUGUCUGUGAUACAUUAUACUGCAGAUAAAAGUAUAAGAGAUGCUUUUAAAAUGCACAUUCAUGUAUUAUUUGGCAUGUAGUGAGACAGUCUGACAUCCAUUGACUCGGCAAAAAAUUAGAAGGAGAAAAAAAACAUGAACUAUUCGAUCAGGUGAAGACGUUUUUAGUAAUCAAAGGCAAACAAAAAGAGGAAAACUGCUUUCGACAAGUAAGAGAGCCCAAACGAUUCACAUUAUUUGAGCCAUUUUAAUUAAUUCAACAGCAGUUCAAAUAAUUUAUUCCAGAAUUAGACAGUUUGCAUCAUCUGACUUUGUCAAUGUCAUCAUGUACAUUUUUAAACCUAAUCUCUGAAACGUCAGACUAUUUUGCACAAAUGUUGAAGACACUGUACAAAAUUAUCGUUAGCUAAAUAAUUCGUUUUUUAUUCCUGCACUUAUUUAUAUCUGCUGAUCCUCUGGUUUUUAAGGUUGAGCUGGACGCUAAAUACAUGAAUCUGACUUGUGGUCUGUGCGGUGAUUUCAAUGGCGUCAAGAUGCAUGAUGAGUUCAUCAAAACAGGUAAAUGCCACAUAAUAAAGACAAAUUGUGUCCACAAACUCAAUAUUUACAUUUACUAAAAACUCUUUCCAUUUUAGGAGCAGUUAUAGAGGUUGAUGAAUAUGGGGAGGACUGGAAAGUUGGUGGUCCUGAUGAUAAAUCUGAUGAAAAAUCUGAUGAAGACUCAGAUGAAGACUCAGAUAAAGACUCAACCGAAGUUCCUGAAGACUGCACGGACAAGGUUUGUGAAAUGGAAUAAUCUCAAAUAAACAUAUAUAAAAACACCAGUAAAAUGACACACUGUAAUUCGAUCAUAUACUAUGACCCACAGGAAGACCUCUGUACGAAACUGCUGACAGGACCUGCGUUUGCAAGCUGCCAAGACCUGAUUGAUACUGAAUUUUUCAUCCAAGCCUGUGUGAAGGAUCUGUGCCAGUGCAAAAACAGCGCUUCAUGCUUGUGUUCAACCACGUCAGAGUUCUCACGUCAAUGCUCUCAUGCUGGUGGGACGCCACAAAAUUGGAAGACUGCACAACUGUGUGGUGAGGGUAUGUAUCGAGAUAUUUGGACUUGUUCCAUUGGAGCUUUGACGUAUUUAUAUCAACAUGACUUAUUAUCAUUGCUUGUCGAAUAGAAAAAACAUGCCCUUUCAACAUGGAGUACAGCGAAUGUGGAAGUCCUUGCACAGACACCUGCAAAAACCCAGAGAGAAGCCAAAUGUGCGAUGAUCACUGUGUGGAUGGAUGCUUCUGUCCCGCUGGUAAGUUCAAAGUUUAACGUCAGCAAUUUUUAUUUGGAGAUUCUUAUGUUAAAAAAUUACCUACAUCAGUUCAGGUUUUCUCCAAACUCUUUUUGUGCAAUAUUUAAUAUCCUUCAUGGAUGUAGCCUUUGCAGAUAUCAGUUAUAUGUACUCAAAUGUUCAUGAUAAUGGACAGCAAAUUUUUAGUAAAAGUUCUCAGGUCAUAGCUGUGAUAUCAUGUUUAUCCCUUAAUUUCUCUCCAACACACCUUUGUGUCAGCUUUGAUAUUAUUUAAAUGUAUUUCAAUGACAAACUGUAUCCUACAGUUCUUAGCAAGUUAAAGCAUUAAUUAAACAGAGGAGAAGUGACGGAGGCAUUUUAAACAUGUACUAUACUUAAAUAAGCAUGUGACGCUCAGUGGGAUUUCUUUGUGUAAAGCAGUGUACUUAAGGCUUAACACUAAUGUCAUUAUGUUUUUUCUAAAGGGACUGUCUUCGAUGAUAUUACACAGAGUGGGUGUGUUCCUCAAGACCAGUGCCCCUGCAUAUACAAAGGCACGCCAUACAAAAGUGGAGAGUCAUACUCAAAGGAUUGUCAAAAAUGGUACAUGUAAUGUUUGCAUUUUCAGCAUUGUUGCAUAAAGAUUAGAUCUGAGGGAUGAACUGACUAAACUUUGUUGACAGUACCUGCCUUGCUGGGGGUGAGUGGGACUGUCAGAGUGUGGACUGUUCUGGCACCUGCACUGUAAUGGGUGGAUCCCACAUCUCCACCUAUGAUGAUAAAGUGUACACAAUCCAUGCAGACUGCUCCUAUGUUUUGUCCAAGGUAACGUGUCCCUGCUUAAAUUAAAUCAUACUUAAAUUCAUUCACAAAGCACAAUACUUGUCAAGAAGCAGUUUGUGAUAAGGUAUGUUUGUGUCUUCUCAACCUUUAGGACAUCAAUGGGACUUUUACUGUUCUUGGUGACCUGGACAGCUGUAAAAAACCAUCUAAAUCAUCUUGCCUGUCUGCAGUCUCAAUUUUAAUGCCAAACCAAGAGGUGAGACUAUAGAAUAUAAAUGUCCCCUUUUCAUAUAUUUUUAACAGCAUUUACAAGGUUUGUCUUUUCCAGCAUUUGUUCAAAAGCCAGGUUUUUAAGUUAUUUGCCAUUUUUCCCUCUUAAGAUGAUUGUCGUUGAAGACAAUGGACAGGUUACUCAGAACAAAAUGAUCCUGAAACUGCCAUUUAUCGUAGGUAGGUCGUUGGUUCCUUUAUGGUUUGUUGCCUUAGACUGAAUCAUAACAUGAAAUUGUGUUUUCUCUAAUUCAACAUUUUCUCCCCUUCAGAGGGCAUAAUCAUUUUCAGACCAUCAACAUUCUACAUCGUCAUCCAAACUUCCUAUGGGGUUCUCCUUGAGAUACAGUUAAAUCCCACAAUGCAGGUCUACAUCAAAGUCAGUGCUUGCAAUAAAGGAAAACUAAGGGGUAUACUUCAAUUCUUCAGCCCUGUUGUUCACUUUAAGAAGUUUUUGUUGCUGUCUCGAAGUGAAUAUUUGUACUUCUUACUGAGCAUAUGUAAUUUUUGUAAUAUAGGGCUUUGUGGAAAUUUCAAUGAUGUGGAAGCCGAUGACUUUAAAACCAGACAAGGAUUACUUGAGGGAAUGGCUAAAACAUUUGCCAACUCAUGGAGGACCAAGACAAGCUGCCCUGAUGUAAGAGAAAAAAUGGGGGCUCCCUGUGCUUUAAGUGUAGACAAGGGUAAGUCAGAAACAACCUGCUCUACCUACCAACUUACCAAACAACUGCUUUUCACAACAAUCAACCAGUUGAAUAUGUUGAUUUAUUUUUUUAGAGUUAUAUGCAUCACACUGGUGCGCCAUGUUGACAGACACAAACGGGAUUUUCGCUCAGUGCCAUUCUGUAGUAAACCCACAGGACUAUGAAGAAGUAAGAUGUUAUUAUUUUUCAUAUGCAGUCUUGUGUAUGUGUUUUUAAUUACUGAAUAUGUGUAUUUAACAUUUUUUUCAACAUUUCAAUCAUUAAAUAGUUGUUGUUUCUUUACACAGAAUUGUAUGUAUGAUACUUGUACCUCUGACGACAGUGAGAAGUGCAUGUGUUCUGCUAUAUCUGCCUAUGUCCAUGCUUGCGCUGCUGAAGGAAUCUUUUUAGAUGGAUGGUCUCAAACUCCAUGCGGUAAGUGAUGUGUGAAUUACAUUAAUCACAACACUAAAUAUCCCAAAUAAUUCUAACUAAACUUGAGCUAUCUUUUCUUUCAAAAGAUAAAUACACAAAAUGCCCCUCCAAUUUUGUGUACAGCCACCAAAUGGAAAGCUGUGGUCGAAGCUGUCGCUCUUUGGGUCAGCCAGACUUUACAUGUGAGGUUAAAUAUACUCCGGUUGAUGGCUGUGGCUGUGAAAAAGGAACUUACCUUGAUGAGAAGGGAGAGUGUGUGCCGGCCUCAAAAUGCCCCUGCUAUGUGGGAGACAUGGUGGUAAACCCAGGACAGGUCAUAAAGGACCAGGGAGAAACUUGGUGAGUCUUCGAAUAUUUCUGUAAAAUUACAGUGCAACAAAAUUGUUUUUUUUUAAUUGUUUUAUUUUAUUUUGUUUACAGAGAUUAUAGAUUGUGUGUUUACUGCUUUUAUUUGUCAGUUGUGGCAGGGGUGUGUGACUCAGAGUAGUGAAAUUAAUGUUUAGUUCUUAAACAUAUCAGACAUGAGGGUUUACUGUGGCACUGAAUUUCACCACAGACUUUUGAAGUUUUACUUCUCUGAAACUUUUAAGGAAUUAAUGUGUAUCACUUAUUUGUCCUUUUUUUUCUCAUAAUAAUGGAUGACUUACUUUUAUACGACUGGAGAAGCAGAAGAAUAAAACCCUAAACUGCACAAAAGCAACAAUAGUAGCCAAAGUAACUUUAACCAUUGCUUUUCUGGAUUAUUGGAAGCCAGAAGUGAGCCUUAUUUAGAUAGACGCAAAAGAAAAUUAUACCUUCAUGGAAGUGCCUAAAGCCUCAGUCCAUAAGAAGGCUUUGACAUUCUCUGUAGUUUUUAUUUUAGUUUAAUUUUGGAUUUCUGUUUUUGAUUCCCAUCUAAUUUUGAUUAUUUUUUAAGGCUGGACUUGUUUUGUUUUUUUAAACUGCUUAUUUUUAUAUGUGCGUAGUUAGUGUAAUCACGGUCAUAUUUUGGUUAGAGGUGGGUAACCACUUGUGAGUGAUUCCUAUCUUACAUAUAUCUUCUGAUUGUAUAUGCCUAUAUAUAAAAUCAACUUAAUGUAAACAAAUUAAUUCACUGGCAUUUGAUUUGGUAGAGGACGAGGCUCAAGAAAGGAAGGGAAAACUGGCGUGUUUUUCUGCUCCAAUAGACACACCUGUUUAGAACGCACACUUUGUCAAUGAAUCCAAGUUUUAUGACAUGGUGCACAUUAACUGGCAUAAAAAAGAUGUUAUACCGAAUUUUUUAUUCAUUAUUUUUUAAUGGUCAGAGCUUAAAUUGUUUAGGAGAUUUGAGUCUAAAAAAGCUAAAAAAAAAAAAAAAAAGUUACAAAACAUAUUUUUUUAUGAACACUUACCUGCAUGUCUGUUUUAAGGACAAAGUAGGCUGGAUGGAGCUAAAAUACGGAAAUUGGCACUACAAGAAAAAGCAAUUUUACUCAUCAUUGACAUGGCCUAGACUUUGUUUAUUUAAAAAAUAUAUAUAUUUUUUUUCCAUCUAGAUCAUUUUAUAUGGGAAAUAUGGCGAUUUUGUGUUUUUUACCAUUAAAAAUAACAGUGACAUGGUACACAGCAUAAAAAGCAUAACUAGCAUAAAAAGGGUGUAACAUUGAAUUUAUUGUUUAUUAUUUUUUUAAGGGUCAGAGAUAUGAGUUGGAAAAAAGUUUAAAAAAAAGUUUUUUAUGAACACUUAUCUGGAUGUCCAUUUUGAGGAAAAAGUAGGCUGGAUGGAGCUUAAAAUUAACAGGAGCCAAGGGUUAAUGACUUAACAUAAUUUAAGAUGGGGAAAGUUAUAAUGGAUAUGAACCAUAUUUGUAUUUGUAUUUUUUUUUCUUUAUGGCAGGAAACUGUGAAGAAAAAAAAACAAGCAAUCAGUGAACUAAUAGUGACACUGCUAAUAAUCAUUCAAUUGUCUUUGUUUCUCUGGUUUCAGCUCGUGCCGUGGUGGGAAAUUAAGUUGUACUGGAGGCAACAUUAAUAAAAGUAGGUGCAGACACUCAGACUGACAUAUUAUCCCUUCACUUCAAAGAAAAGCUUGAGCAAAACAAAUAGAAAUAUUGGCAUCCUUUGUAAUACACUAUUAUUGCCUACAGCGUGCACCAGUCCUAUGGUAUAUUUCAGUUGCUCAAGUGCAAAGCCGGGCACAAAGGGAUCUGAGUGCCAGAGAAGUUGCCAGACACUGGACUCAGAAUGUGUAAGCAUUGGUUCACAACUGCCUGUGUAUUCUGUCCACUUGUAUAUUAAAGUGACAGCAUAUUAUACAAAGUACUUUGAUUUUGUGUUGUACAGGUCAGCAAACAGUGUGUAUCAGGCUGUGUGUGCCCAGACGGCCUGGUGUCAGAUGAUAAAGGAGGAUGUGUUGCAGAAGAAAACUGCGGCUGCACAUUUAAUGGGGUACCCUAUGAAUCUGGACAAACUGUCGAUGUGGACUGCAAUAAGUGGUGAGCCCUUUAAUCUCCUUCACAGACAUAUAUUACCACACAAGCUCACUGUCCGUUUCUUUUCAUUUGGAAAUACUUUAAUUCUACAUGUUUUUUUGUUUGUUUGUUUCAACCACAGCACUUGCAAAAGCGGAAGAUGGGAAUGUACAGAUAAUGAGUGUGAUAAGAUGUGUUCUUUCUAUGGAGAGGGAAACUACCACUCCUUUGAUGGAAAAGAGUUCGCAUUCAGGGGAAGCUGUAGCUACACUUUGGUUCAGGUACAAUCCAAGUUUAUGUCUGGACUUUGAUAUUUGUCAAAAAUAAGUGAAGCAAAUCUGAUAACCACAUAAAGACAUACUUGUAUAGCAGAUUUUAUAAACCAAUGAAUCAAUCCAUCAUGGAUGAAUGAAUGAAUUAAUGUUUUUAAAAAAUAAUAAUUUUCUGCAGGAUUUCUGUGAAGACCACAAGAAUGGCACCUUCAGGGUUAUGAUUGAGAGCAUCCCCUGUGGAUCAGUUGAUAACUUCUGCUACACUGCUGUUAGGCUGUAUUUAGGGGUACGCAACGCCAUAAUAGUCAUUCUACAGAAUUUUGAAAUGCACAAAAUAACUACAUGGCUUUAUAAAUGAAUAUGUGUUGUUUCUUUCAGAGCACUGAAUUUUACCUAUUAGACGGUGCUGUCAAAAUAUCCAAACGUAGCAAAGAGGUAGCCAUACCCUAUCAACUGCACACUUCAAGUUUGUAUCUUACUAUUGAGACAAAGGCUGGUCUGGUUCUCAUGUGGAACAAGAGGACAAUGGUCAUGGUUAAACUCAAACCAACGUUCCAGGUCAGUAAACAGAUACAUGGGUUUUCAGCCAAAACACAGAGGUUGCUAGUUUAACCACUGACUAGAUCUCCUUUAUUUCAGGGAAAAGUCUGUGGACUAUGUGGAAAUUACGACGGGAAUAUCAAAAAUGAUUUCGCUACCAGGAACAAAGAAGUUGGAGUUGAUCCUGUGUACUUUGGAGAAAGUUGGAAAACUUCUCCCACCUGCCCUGCUGCAAGUCUACCAAAAACUUCAAUUUACUCACACAGGCAGGCAUGGGCAUGGAAACUCUGCGGCAUUCUCUCCAGUAAAGUAUUUGCUGAUUGCCAUCCAAAGGUAAAAAUGAAAAAAAAUUAGGGCUCAACAAUUAUUGUCAGUCUCAUGAGUGAGACUAAAACCAGCAUCCAAACCUGUCUUUUUUUAAAAGGUGGAUUAUCACAGCUAUCACGAUGCUUGCGUCAGAGACACAAGCACUUGCAAUACGAGUGGAGACUGUGAGUGUUUCUGCUCAUCUGUGGCAGCCUAUGCAGCAGCCUGUAGUAAAGCUGGAACCUGCGUAAAAUGGAGAACACCAACUAUUUGUCGUGAGUGUUUUAUUUGAGAGGAUAAAGAAAGUUUAGGCAUUAUCAUUAUCAUCUCUGUAUCAACUUUGAAAUUCUUACCAUAGAAUUCAUGAGAUAUUAUACAUAAACUAUUUUUUCUUGUAACUGAUUGAUGGUUUAUUUUUGUCCUAUUAGCUGUUUUUUGUGAUUUUUACAAUGAUGAGGACGACUGUGAAUGGCACUAUCACCACUGUAAAAAACCAUGCUUGAAGACUUGCAAGAAUCCUUCAGGAGAGUGCUACAAUGACAUUCCAGCUUUAGAAGGUAUAGUUGAUUAAAAAAUGAUGAGGCAUACAACCAUGCAGGUAUAAUUAGCCAGUGAGUUGGUGUACAAUAAAGCUCAUUUUUUUGUAAAGUCCAUUUGUGAAUAUAAUUUCCUUUAUUUGGACUGUUUAAGGCUACACAUAUUGGACCUGUUAUUAACUAGUUCUUCUCUUGACUGCGCUUUUGAAUUUUGAAGGCUGUUACCCAAGAUGCACAGCUGAAAAACCUUUCUUGGAGGAGGUAACCAUGAAAUGUGUCGCAAAGGAGGACUGUGGUUGCUAUGAUGACCACAUGAAACAUUACAAAGAAGGGGAGCGCAUGCCUCAACCGCAAAACUGUUACGAAUGGUAGGACACUUUCAAUUUAACUGUUGCUCCUGUUUGUAAAAAAUAAACGCAAACCCUUGUAGUUUUUUUCUGUAAGCUGAAAUAACUCUUCAAUUAUAUCAUACCAAUAUCUCCAAAUAUAUCAGCAAACAUUGUCAAUCAUGUCCCACAAACAAAAAGCUCCAUCUCAUCUUUUCUUUAGUGGUACGAAACCACUGACUGUAUAAAGAAGGGACAGUUUCACCUUCUUUCUGCUCAUUGUGAGCAUUGAAGCCUAAAGAUUUAAAGCCGAAGGAUUUCACUACUAUAUAUAUAUAUAUAUAUAUAUAUAUAUAUAUAUAUAUAUAUAUAUAUAUAAUUUAUUUAUUUUGUUGAUAACUAGGAAGUGCGUAAAUGCUAACAUCUGCAUGAUCUGAUGUAAGCUAGUGGGCGUUUUUUGUUUGUUUGUUUGUUUUGUUUUAAUCUGAAACUAUGACCUGAUCUUUCUUCUGAUUAUCUCUAGCUCCAUGUUCUACAAGGCUACUUAUCAAUAAGUGAGCUGUGAAAUGUCCACAAUAAGUCAAAUGUCAUGGUUGUCAUCUCACAUCUAAUGACCCUAAACACCUUCACCCUAUUAGUACAUAAACACAUCAUAACAGUUAAACCCUGGGCAUGACUGUCAACAGGAGAUUGAAAUUCAUGACUUUUUUUGUGAUGCCACACAGCAUUUGCAGCCUUAGGCUAUUCUUUAAAUGAUGUAGAAUUUAAUUUGCAGUGCGUCAAACGGGGAUAUUUAGCAAUACCUUGCAAAAACUGUGCAAUACUUGAUAUUGCAUCAAGUAUUGCACAGUUUAACCGAGUCAUUACAAAGUGUGUCUUAAUAAAUAAUAUUUUGCCAGUAUUGCAGAAUUGCGAUUCUUGUAGUUUUGACUAGUUUACCAACAAAAUUCACAGUUGAAUUAAACUAUAUGUAGGGGACAAGCUUGUGGCUACUACAUGAGGAUAAUUCCAGUGCCUGACAGAGUGUGUGACCACAGAUAUAUAUAGGAGACUAAAUCAUAUAUUGCUCAUUCUCAACUGAUUUUCAUGCAGUUUACUUUAUUUUCAACAUUUAAACAAGUGUUAUUAAUACAGAACUUUUUCUUUUCAAAUCAAAUGCUGUGUAAUAAUAGCAUGUUUUGGCUUUGACAACAAAGAAAACUGCAUGAAAAUUGGUUGAAAAAUGAGCAAAAUAUGAGUUGUUUUUAUUGCACAUGCAUUGCCUUUAAUGAGAACGAUGCCCCCACUAACAUAGCCUAAGAUUAUGUGUAGCUUUGACAGCGGGGGUGCGCUGGUGUUGAAAUUCAGCCUGGGAUUAAUUAAUGCAUGUAUGGUUUAACAUUAAUGAUAAGCUACCUUUAAUAUUCUGUGUGCCCUGAACACCUCCAAAAACACACACACACACUUUUUGCCAAGUCUGGGAGAAUAGGGCCAUGUCUGUUAAUCUGCUGUGAGCGUGCUGCUCAGUUUAGUCAGCGUUGCACAUAUGGCUGUGUCCUGUACUAAUUUCUUCUUUUUUUUUCACCCAUAGUUUCUCAACCCCACCCAUUUCUCUUUUCUGACUUCUUUCCUUUUGCCAUACUUCCUAAACUAUCCUCCUCUUUUUCUUUCUGUUCUUUUCAUUUCUUUAUGGUCUGGCCUGGAACAGACAUUUGGGAAUCGUUCCGAACCCCCUUGUUGCCAGCCAGCCUGCCCCUGUUUGACAGUAUUCUCCUCUCUGUAAUCAUCAUCAGAGGGUCCAGCUCUACCCCCACAAUGUCACUGGCCUUGCUGAUGACUUUGUUGAGUCUGUGUGCAUCUGCUACAGCACUGCCUCAGCACACAACAGCAAAAAGGAUCACACUGGCCACAACAGUAUCAUAGAACAUCCUAGACAUUGUUCCGCAGAUGUUAAGAGACCUUAGUGUCCUGAGGAAGUAGAAAUGGUUCAGGCCCUUCUAGUAGACAGCUUCAGUGUUCUUAGACCGAUCCAGUUUGCAAUCCAAGUAGACCCCCAGGUACUUAUAAUACUUGACAAAAGUUUCCCCGAAAUUGUGGCAAUUAAUGUUCACAGCUCCAGCUCUUACCAGUGGCAGAUAGUAACAUAUACAAACCAACCACAACCUCAAAAUGUAUCCCAGUGCACCCCAAUACAGCAACGUUGAAAACAGCUGAAUGGCCGGCCUAAACAUUAAACAGAAAUGUUUUUUUUUUCAUCCAAAAAUGUGACUGUAUUUUUUCGCUUGCAUUUCAGUUAUUGUUCUUCAACAGAGGCAAGCUGUAACUACAAUGUCCAAGGUGAGCCUUUAUAACACUGUAGUUUCUACUCUGAAUUUUCUUUUGCUAAUAAAAGUAUAAUAAUAUACAGAUUACUUGAAAGUGAAGAAAAAAUGUGCGUGAAAGUGAAAAAAAAAAUCCUGAUUUUCUUGUGAAAAUUUUACAGCAUGCACUUGCUUAUACAAGGGGAAAAAAUAUAAUUAUGGAGAUAUUGUAUAUGAUACACAUGAUGGAGAUGGUAUGUGUAUGACUGCGGAAUGUGCGGAAAACGGAACACUUGCAAGAUUCUUCGAGACUUGCACUACAUCUUCAGCUUCAACUUCAACACAGACACCAUCAACAGUGUUUCUUUUUUCUUCAGAAGGUAAGACAAAAGUAAAUAUGAAGAAAAGAGAGAAGGCUUUAAAGUAAAAAAGAGAUUUGUUACAUGGAAAGGGACUUUGAACAAGUUUUCUUUUUUUUUUUUUUUUUGCCUGUUUGUUUGAUUUGCAAAAACAUUAGAAAGUUCAACAACAACAGCCGCAGUCACAGAAAAAUCCACCACAGAGCCCAGUGGAGAGCCCACUACCCUGGCAACCACUGAAAAACCCAGUGCCACAACAGAACAAGAGCCCACACAAGCCCCUGAAGAGCCCACCACAACCACAGUUAUAACAGAAGGCCCAGAAACUUCCACGGAAGCAGCCACAGAGAAGUCUGAGAAGACCACUGCCACAACCACAAAAACAUCCACCACCUCAGCAGUAGACUGCUAUAAUUGUACUUGGUCUAAAUGGACCAGCACGAGUUACCCAUCACAGGAGCCUGAAGGGGGAGAAUAUGAACCUAUCACAGGCAUUACGGACAUCGAUAUGAGCGCAUGCACACAACCUCUGGAAAUUGAAUGUAGAUCAACACAACACACAGAUCAAACUUUAAGUGAACUGGGUCAAACCGUGACAUGUGAUACAGACUUUGGACUUAAGUGUGAAAACAAGGACCAAUUUCCUCCAAUGUGUAAUGACUAUGAAAUAAGGGUCAAAUGUUGCAUGGACACAUGUGCCACAACAACCCCUGAAGAGCCCACCACUGCCACUACUACAACAAAAGGCCCAGAAAUACCCACUACAGAAGCCACAGAAAAGCCCACCACAACUUCUACAAUUACAAAGAAGUCAACAACUACUUCACCCACUGUUCCAGCGGAACCCACCACAACAGCUCCGGAACAACCAGAAGAGACAACUGCACAAACAACCACAACAACAGCCACAGUCACAGAAAAAACCACCACAGAGCCCAGUGGAGAGCCCACUACCCUGGCAACCACUGAAAAACCCAGUGCCACAACAGAACAAGAACCCACAACAACCCCUGAAGAGCCCACCACUGCCACUACUACAACAAAAGGCCCAGAAAUACCACUACCAGAAGCCACAGAAAAGCCCACCACAACUACUACAAUUACAAAGAAGUCAACAACUACUUCACCCACUGUUCCAGCGGAACCCACCACAACAGCUCCGGAACAACCAGAAGAGACAACUGCACAAACAACCACAACAACAGCCGCAGUCACAGAAAAAUCCACCACAGAGCCCAGUGGAGAGCCCACUACCCUGGCAACCACUGAAAAACCCAGUGCCACAACAGAACAAGAGCCCACACAAGCCCCUGAAGAGCCCACCACAACCACAGUUAUAACAGAAGGCCCAGAAACUUCCACGGAAGCAGCCACAGAGAAGUCUGAGAAGACCACUGCCACAACCACAAAAACAUCUACCACCUCAGCAGUAGACUGCUAUAAUUGUACUUGGUCUAAAUGGACCAGCACGAGUUACCCAUCACAGGAGCCUGAAGGGGGAGAAUAUGAACCUAUCACAGGCAUAACAGACAUCGAUAUGAGCGCAUGCACAAAACCUCUGGAAAUUGAAUGUAGAGCAACACAACACACAGAUCAAACUUUAAGUGAACUGGGUCAAACCGUGACAUGUGAUACAGACUUUGGACUUAAGUGUGAAAACAAGGACCAAUUUCCUCCAAUGUGUAAUGACUAUGAAAUAAGGGUCAAAUGUUGCAUGGACACAUGUGCCACAACAACCCCUGAAGAGCCCACCACUGCCACUACUACAACAAAAGGCCCAGAAAUAUCCACUACAGAGGCCACAGAAAAGCCCACCACAACUACUACAAUUACAAAGAAGUCAACAACUACUUCACCCACUGUUCCAGCGGAACCCACCACAACAGCUCCGGAACAACCAGAAGAGACAACUGCACAAACAACCACAACAACAGCCACAGUCACAGAAAAAACCACCACAGAGCCCAGUGGAGAGCCCACUACCCUGGCAACCACUGAAAAACCCAGUGCCACAACAGAACAAGAACCCACAACAACCCCUGAAGAGCCCACCACUGCCACUACUACAACAAAAGGCCCAGAAAUACCCACUACAGAAGCCACAGAAAAGCCCACCACAACUACUACAAUUACAAAGAAGUCAACAACUACUUCACCCACUGUUCCAGCGGAACCCACCACAACAGCUCCGGAACAACCAGAAGAGACAACUGCACAAACAACCACAACAACAGCCGCAGUCACAGAAAAAUCCACCACAGAGCCCAGUGGAGAGCCCACUACCCUGGCAACCACUGAAAAACCCAGUGCCACAACAGAACAAGAGCCCACACAAGCCCCUGAAGAGCCCACCACAACCACAGUUAUAACAGAAGGCCCAGAAACUUCCACGGAAGCAGCCACAGAGAAGACUGAGAAGACCACUGCCACAACCACAAAAACAUCUACCACCUCAGCAGUAGACUGCUAUAAUUGUACUUGGUCUAAAUGGACCAGCACGAGUUACCCAUCACAGGAGCCUGAAGGGGGAGAAUAUGAACCUAUCACAGGCAUAACAGACAUCGAUAUGAGCGCAUGCACAAAACCUCUGGAAAUUGAAUGUAGAGCAACACAACACACAGAUCAAACUUUAAGUGAACUGGGUCAAACCGUGACAUGUGAUACAGACUUUGGACUUAAGUGUGAAAACAAGGACCAAUUUCCUCCAAUGUGUAAUGACUAUGAAAUAAGGGUCAAAUGUUGCAUGGACACAUGUGCCACAACAACCCCUGAAGAGCCCACCACUGCCACUACUACAACAAAAGGCCCAGAAAUACCCACUACAGAAGCCACAGAAAAGCCCACCACAACUACUACAAUUACAAAGAAGUCAACAACUACUUCACCCACUGUUCCAGCGGGACCCACAACAACAGCUCCGGAACAACCAGAAGAGACAACUGCACAAACAACCACAACAACAGUCGCAGUCACAGAAAAAUCCACCACAGAGCCCAGUGGAGAGCCCACUACCCUGGCAACCACUGAAAAACCCAGUGCCACAACAGAACAAGAACCCACAACAACCCCUGAAGAGCCCACCACUGCCACUACUACAACAAAAGGCCCAGAAAUACCCACUACAGAAGCCACAGAAAAGCCCACCACAACUACUACAAUUACAAAGAAGUCAACAACUACUUCACCCACUGUUCCAGCGGAACCCACCACAACAGCUCCGGAACAACCAGAAGAGACAACUGCACAAACAACCACAACAACAGCCGCAGUCACAGAAAAAUCCACCACAGAGCCCAGUGGAGAGCCCACUACCCUGGCAACCACUGAAAAACCCAGUGCCACAACAGAACAAGAGCCCACACAAGCCCCUGAAGAGCCCACCACAACCACAGUUAUAACAGAAGGCCCAGAAACUUCCACGGAAGCAGCCACAGAGAAGUCUGAGAAGACCACUGCCACAACCACAAAAACAUCCACCACCUCAGCAGUAGACUGCUAUAAUUGUACUUGGUCUAAAUGGACCAGCACGAGUUACCCAUCACAGGAGCCUGAAGGGGGAGAAUAUGAACCUAUCACAGGCAUUACAGACAUCGAUAUGAGCGCAUGCACACAACCUCUGGAAAUUGAAUGUAGAUCAACACAACACACAGAUCAAACUUUAAGUGAACUGGGUCAAACCGUGACAUGUGAUACAGACUUUGGACUUAAGUGUGAAAACAAGGACCAAUUUCCUCCAAUGUGUAAUGACUAUGAAAUAAGGGUCAAAUGUUGCAUAGACACAUGUGCCACAACAACCUCUGAAGAGCCCACCACUGCCACUACUACAACAAAAGGCCCAGAAAUACCCACUACAGAAGCCACAGAAAAGCCCACCACAACUUCUACAAUUACAAAGAAGUCAACAACUACUUCACCCACUGUUCCAGCGGAACCCACCACAACAGCUCCGGAACAACCAGAAGAGACAACUGCACAAACAACCACAACAACAGCCACAGUCACAGAAAAAACCACCACAGAGCCCAGUGGAGAGCCCACUACCCUGGCAACCACUGAAAAACCCAGUGCCACAACAGAACAAGAACCCACAACAACCCCUGAAGAGCCCACCACUGCCACUACUACAACAAAAGGCCCAGAAAUACCCACUACAGAAGCCACAGAAAAGCCCACCACAACUACUACAAUUACAAAGAAGUCAACAACUACUUCACCCACUGUUCCAGCAGAACCCACCACAACAGCUCCGGAACAACCAGAAGAGACAACUGCACAAACAACCACAACAACAGCCGCAGUCACAGAAAAAUCCACCACAGAGCCCAGUGGAGAGCCCACUACCCUGGCAACCACUGAAAAACCCAGUGCCACAACAGAACAAGAGCCCACACAAGCCCCUGAAGAGCCCACCACAACCACAGUUAUAACAGAAGGCCCAGAAACUUCCACGGAAGCAGCCACAGAGAAGUCUGAGAAGACCACUGCCACAACCACAAAAACAUCCACCACCUCAGCAGUAGACUGCUAUAAUUGUACUUGGUCUAAAUGGACCAGCACGAGUUACCCAUCACAGGAGCCUGAAGGGGGAGAAUAUGAACCUAUCACAGGCAUUACGGACAUCGAUAUGAGCGCAUGCACACAACCUCUGGAAAUUGAAUGUAGAUCAACACAACACACAGAUCAAACUUUAAGUGAACUGGGUCAAACCGUGACAUGUGAUACAGACUUUGGACUUAAGUGUGAAAACAAGGACCAAUUUCCUCCAAUGUGUAAUGACUAUGAAAUAAGGGUCAAAUGUUGCAUGGACACAUGUGCCACAACAACCCCUGAAGAGCCCACCACUGCCACUACUACAACAAAAGGCCCAGAAAUACCCACUACAGAAGCCACAGAAAAGCCCACCACAACUUCUACAAUUACAAAGAAGUCAACAACUACUUCACCCACUGUUCCAGCGGAACCCACCACAACAGCUCCGGAACAACCAGAAGAGACAACUGCACAAACAACCACAACAACAGCCACAGUCACAGAAAAAACCACCACAGAGCCCAGUGGAGAGCCCACUACCCUGGCAACCACUGAAAAACCCAGUGCCACAACAGAACAAGAACCCACAACAACCCCUGAAGAGCCCACCACUGCCACUACUACAACAAAAGGCCCAGAAAUACCCACUACAGAAGCCACAGAAAAGCCCACCACAACUACUACAAUUACAAAGAAGUCAACAACUACUUCACCCACUGUUCCAGCGGAACCCACCACAACAGCUCCGGAACAACCAGAAGAGACAACUGCACAAACAACCACAACAACAGCCGCAGUCACAGAAAAAUCCACCACAGAGCCCAGUGGAGAGCCCACUACCCUGGCAACCACUGAAAAACCCAGUGCCACAACAGAACAAGAGCCCACACAAGCCCCUGAAGAGCCCACCACAACCACAGUUAUAACAGAAGGCCCAGAAACUUCCACGGAAGCAGCCACAGAGAAGUCUGAGAAGACCACUGCCACAACCACAAAAACAUCUACCACCUCAGCAGUAGACUGCUAUAAUUGUACUUGGUCUAAAUGGACCAGCACGAGUUACCCAUCACAGGAGCCUGAAGGGGGAGAAUAUGAACCUAUCACAGGCAUAACAGACAUCGAUAUGAGCGCAUGCACAAAACCUCUGGAAAUUGAAUGUAGAGCAACACAACACACAGAUCAAACUUUAAGUGAACUGGGUCAAACCGUGACAUGUGAUACAGACUUUGGACUUAAGUGUGAAAACAAGGACCAAUUUCCUCCAAUGUGUAAUGACUAUGAAAUAAGGGUCAAAUGUUGCAUGGACACAUGUGCCACAACAACCCCUGAAGAGCCCACCACUGCCACUACUACAACAAAAGGCCCAGAAAUAUCCACUACAGAAGCCACAGAAAAGCCCACCACAACUACUACAAUUACAAAGAAGUCAACAACUACUUCACCCACUGUUCCAGCGGGACCCACGACAACAGCUCCGGAACAACCAGAAGAGACAACUGCACAAACAACCACAACAACAGUCGCAGUCACAGAAAAAUCUACCACAGAGCCCAGUGGAGAGCCCACUACCCUGGCAACCACUGAAAAACCCAGUGCCACAACAGAACAAGAACCCACACCGGCUCCAGAAGAGCCCACCACAACCACAACUACAACAAAAGGCCCAGAAACAUCCACUACAGAAGCCACAGAAAAGCCCACCACGACUACUACAAUUACAAAGAAGUCAGCAACUACUUCACCCACUGUUCCAGCAGGACCCACGACAACAGCUCCGGAACAACCAGAAGAGACAACUGCACAAACAACCACAACAACAGCCGCAGUCACAGAAAAAUCCACCACAGAGCCCGGUGGAGAGCCCACUACCCUGGCAACCACUGAAAAACCCAGUGCCACAACAAAACAAGAGCCCACACAAGCCCCUGAAGAGCCCACCACAACCACAGUUAUAACAGAAGGCCCAGAAACUUCCACGGAAGCAGCCACAGAGAAGUCUGAGAAGACCACUGCCACAACCACAAAAACAUCUACCACCUCAGCAGUAGACUGCUAUAAUUGUACUUGGUCUAAAUGGACCAGCACGAGUUACCCAUCACAGGAGCCUGAAGGGGGAGAAUAUGAACCUAUCACAGGCAUAACAGACAUCGAUAUGAGCGCAUGCACAAAACCUCUGGAAAUUGAAUGUAGAGCAACACAACACACAGAUCAAACUUUAAGUGAACUGGGUCAAACCGUGACAUGUGAUACAGACUUUGGACUUAAGUGUGAAAACAAGGACCAAUUUCCUCCAAUGUGUAAUGACUAUGAAAUAAGGGUCAAAUGUUGCAUGGACACAUGUGCCACAACAACCCCUGAAGAGCCCACCACUGCCACUACUACAACAAAAGGCCCAGAAAUACCCACUACAGAAGCCACAGAAAAGCCCACCACAACUUCUACAAUUACAAAGAAGUCAACAACUACUUCACCCACUGUUCCAGCGGAACCCACCACAACAGCUCCGGAACAACCAGAAGAGACAACUGCACAAACAACCACAACAACAGCCACAGUCACAGAAAAAACCACCACAGAGCCCAGUGGAGAGCCCACUACCCUGGCAACCACUGAAAAACCCAGUGCCACAACAGAACAAGAACCCACACCAGCUCCAGAAGAGCCCACCACAACCACUACUACAACAAAAGGCCCAGAAAUAUCCACUACAGAAGCCACAGAAAAGCCCACCACAACUACUACAAUUACAAAGAAGUCAGCAACUACUUCACCCACUGUUCCAGCAGGACCCACGACAACAGCUCCGGAACAACCAGAAGAGACAACUGCACAAACAACCACAACAACAGCCGCAGUCACAGAAAAAUCCACCACAGAGCCCAGUGGAGAGCCCACUACCCUGGCAACCACUGAAAAACCCAGUACCACAACAAAACAAGAGCCCACACAAGCCCCUGAAGAGCCCACCACAACCACAGUUAUAACAGAAGGCCCAGAAACUUCCACGGAAGCAGCCACAGAGAAGUCUGAGAAGACCACUGCCACAACCACAAAAACAUCUACCACCUCAGCAGUAGACUGCUAUAAUUGUACUUGGUCUAAAUGGACCAGCACGAGUUACCCAUCACAGGAGCCUGAAGGGGGAGAAUAUGAACCUAUCACAGGCAUAACAGACAUCGAUAUGAGCGCAUGCACAAAACCUCUGGAAAUUGAAUGUAGAGCAACACAACACACAGAUCAAACUUUAAGUGAACUGGGUCAAACCGUGACAUGUGAUACAGACUUUGGACUUAAGUGUGAAAACAAGGACCAAUUUCCUCCAAUGUGUAAUGACUAUGAAAUAAGGGUCAAAUGUUGCAUGGACACAUGUGCCACAACAACCCCUGAAGAGCCCACCACUGCCACUACUACAACAAAAGGCCCAGAAACAUCCACUACAGAAGCCACAGAAAAGCCCACCACAACUACUACAAUUACAAAGAAGUCAACAACUACUUCACCCACUGUUCCAGCGGGACCCACGACAACAGCUCCGGAACAACCAGAAGAGACAACUGCACAAACAACCACAACAACAGUCGCAGUCACAGAAAAAUCUACCACAGAGCCCAGUGGAGAGCCCACUACCCUGGCAACCACUGAAAAACCCAGUGCCACAACAGAACAAGAACCCACACCGGCUCCAGAAGAGCCCACCACAACCACAACUGCAACAAAAGGCCCAGAAACAUCCACUACAGAAGCCACAGAAAAGCCCACCACGACUACUACAAUUACAAAGAAGUCAGCAACUACUUCACCCACUGUUCCAGCAGGACCCACGACAACAGCUCCGGAACAACCAGAAGAGACAACUGCACAAACAACCACAACAACAGCCGCAGUCACAGAAAAAUCCACCACAGAGCCCAGUGGAGAGCCCACUACCCUGGCAACCACUGAAAAACCCAGUACCACAACAGAACAAGAGCCCACACAAGCCCCUGAAGAGCCCACCACAACCACAGUUAUAACAGAAGGCCCAGAAACUUCCACGGAAGCAGCCACAGAGAAGUCUGAGAAGACCACUGCCACAACCACAAAAACAUCUACCACCUCAGCAGUAGACUGCUAUAAUUGUUCUUGGUCUAAAUGGACCAGCACGAGUUACCCAUCACAGGAGCCUGAAGGGGGAGAAUAUGAACCUAUCAAAGGCAUUACAGACAUCGAUAUGAGCGCAUGCACACAACCUCUGGAAAUUGAAUGUAGAUCAACACAACACACAGAUCAAACUUUAAGUGAACUGGGUCAAACCGUGACAUGUGAUACAGACUUUGGACUUAAGUGUGAAAACAAGGACCAAUCACCUCCAAUGUGUAAUGACUAUGAAAUAAGGGUCAAAUGUUGCAUAGACACAUGUGCGACAACAACCCCUGAAGAGCCCACCACUGCCACUACUACAACAACAGGCCCAGAAAUACCCACUACAGAAGCCACAGAAAAGCCCACCACAACUACUACAAUUACAAAGAAGUCAACAACUACUUCACCCACUGUUCCAGCGGGACCCACGACAACAGCUCCGGAACAACCAGAAGAGACAACUGCACAAACAACCACAACAACAGCCGCAGUCACAGAAAAAUCCACCACAGAGCCCAGUGGAGAGCCCACUACCCUGGCAACCACUGAAAAACCCAGUGCCACAACAGAACAAGAGCCCACACAAGCCCCUGAAGAGCCCACCACAACCACAGUUAUAACAGAAGGCCCAGAAACUUCCACAGAAGCAGCCACAGAGAAGUCUGAGAAGACCACUGCCACAACCACAAAAACAUCUACCACCUCAGCAGUAGACUGCUAUAAUUGUUUUUGGUCAAAUUGGACCAGCAAUAGUUAUCCAUCAGAUCAACCUGACAGUGGAGAAUAUGAACCUAUCACGGGCAUCACAGACAUCGAUUUGAAUAAAUGCACACAACCUCUGGAAAUUGAAUGUAGAUCAAAGCAACAUAAAGAUAAAAACUUGAGUGAACUGGUUCAAGUUGUGACAUGUGAUACAAACUUUGGUCUUACGUGUGAAAACAAGGACCAAUUACCUCCGGUCUGCGAUGACUAUGAAAUAAGGGCUAAAUGUUGCAUGGACACAUGUGUCACAACAACCCCUGAAGAGCCCACCACAACCACUACUACAACAAAAGGCCCAGAAACAUCCACUACAGAAGCCACAGAAAAGCCCACCACGACUACUACAAUUACAAAGAAGUCAACAACUACUUCACCCACUGUUCCAGCGGGACCCACGACAACAGCUCCGGAACAACCAGAAGAGACAACUGCACAAACAACCACAACAGCAGCCACAGUCACAGAAAAAUCCACCACAGAGCCCAGUGGAGAGCCCACUACCCUGGCAACCACUGAAAAACCCAGUGCCACAACAGAACAAGAGCCCACACAAGCCCCUGAAGAGCCCACCACAACCACAGUUAUAACAGAAGGCCCAGAAACUUCCACAGAAGCAGCCACAGAGAAGUCUGAGAAGACCACUGCCACAACCACAAAAACAUCUACCACCUCAGCAGUAGACUGCUAUAGUUGUUUUUGGUCAAAAUGGACCAGCAUUAGUUAUCCAUCAGAUCAACCUGACAGUGGAGAAUAUGAACCUAUCACAGGCAUUACAGACAUCGAUAUGAGCGCAUGCACACAACCUCUGGAAAUUGAAUGUAGAGCAACACAACACACAGAUCAAACUUUAAGUGAACUGGGUCAAACCGUGACAUGUGAUACAGACUUUGGACUUAAGUGUGAAAACAAGGACCAAUUUCCUCCAAUGUGUAAUGACUAUGAAAUAAGGGUCAAAUGUUGCAUGGACACAUGUGCUGAGUCAACCACAACUACAACAACAGGCCCAAAAACGUCUACUACAGAAGCCACAGAAAAGCCCACCACAACUACUACAAUUACAAAGGAGGCAACAACUACUUCUUCCACUGUUCCAGCAGGACCCACAACAACAGCUCCAGAACAACCAGAAGAGACAACUGCACAAACAACCACAAAGACAGCUGCAGUCACAGAAAAAUCCACCACAGAGCCCAGUGGAGAGCCCACUACCCUGGCAACCACUGAAAAACCCAGUGCUACAACAACACAAGAACCCACAGUAUGUUACUGUCACUACAUGGGUGAAUUUCUGUUACCAGGUAAGCACGGAACAUUUCUCAUUUAAAUCUAACAUUUAACCCCAAAUUGCAGAUUAUAAUUCGUGAUUUUAGGCCACCUCCACUGCAACUUGUUUUAUGUUCAGAAUAUGUUUAUUUUAUUGUUUAGGCCUUGUUAUCACAAAUUAUUAAUUCCGUUUCACUUUAGUUUUUUCUUUGUCUCCAACACUUGUUCAAACUUGUUUUAGGAUAAUUCCCUUUCAUGUUUGUCAUUACUGCAGUUUUUUGGUAAUUUCUUGUAAUAGUUGCUUAAUUAAAACAGUAUCACCUGACUUUUUUUUUAUUUUGCCCCAAAUUAACCUGACUUUCCCUCUUUUUAUUUUUUUAUUUUUUUAUUUUAUCAUCUAUUUCUUAAUUUUUUUCUAAAGGAGCCACCGUGUACAACAAAACUGAUGAAGAUGGCUGGUGUUUUUCUGCAUAUUGCAAUUCGACCUGCAAUAUUGUUAAGCAUUCUGCACCAUGCUCAUCUACUACUACAGCAACUCCUACCACCACCAUCACAGAUGGUAUAACACAAACUGGCACAACAUCUGCUGGUGCAGAAACCACAGUGAAGCCUUUCAAGGAUUGUUCAUACCUUAAGACACCUAAAAAGGUAUCGGAACUGAGAAAUAGAGCUUGUUCAGAAAACCUGUCAUCAUAUUAUUACCCUUUAUAGCUGCCAAAACUGCUUAAGUUUUAUGUACACUGAAGAUUGUUAAGACUGUGUAAUUUUAGAUCCACAAGUAUUUAUUCACUGCGGUAAGUCUGGAUACUCACAUUUUGACAAAAAACUGUUUUUUUUUUUCCAAUUUUGUUUCACCGUUUUCUAUAUUCAAUGAUUUUUACUCUUUUCAUGAUAGAAAUACUGCAAAUAGAUGUGCCACUUAGCUUAAGUAUACCUACACAAACGCAGUCACACAAACUGCAAUUAGAACAAAUCAUCUCUCAGAUGUAAGCCAUUUUCCUUUGCAAACAUUAAUAAGAUAAGAUAAGAUACUCCUUGAUUCGUCCCACAAGGGGAAAUUCCCACAACAUACAACAUACAACAGCACAUCAAAUGGCAUGGGUAUUUCAUUAUCUUUACAGAGUUGAACUCUAUUUAACUCCUUCUGUGCACCACCCUCAGUUUACACAGGCAAUGAUUGAACUCCCAGAAAGUUCCUGUACCUGUGAACAGCGUCUUGACAGCAUUGAACUCUGAGGCUUGGGUUUCGGGAUAAAGGAUGGUGACCGCUCUGUUGUGGUUCAGGUUAGCUGGUAUGAGAGUAUGUUGGGCUCUUUCCAAGGUGACAGAAUGGACAGGUCUGAGACCCAGCUACUGGGGUAGAAGUUCUGACAGCAAAUCCACAAAAGGAUGUCCGCCUUCACGUUCCUCUUUAAAACCAAACACCUAAAUGUCUUUCCUCCUUGCCUUUUUCUCCAGGUUGUCAGACUUUGAUUUCUGAUAUGCAAUCCGAUUUAUGACUCAAGCCAAACCUGUCUUGGUUCUUUGAGCUUCUCCCCUGCUGCAGCUAUAGGAGUCUUGACUGCUUCGAUAUAUUAUUGGUUGGCUAUUACUUCUAAUUUAAUUUUAACCAGACUAUUUUUUAUCAGUGUGACAGUUUUUCUUUUGUAAUUACACACGAAAAAGUCUUUUCCAUCUAACUCAGAUCCAAAUCCAGAGCAGAGCACUUUCAGUUCAGUUAAAACCUCAGGUGCUUGGUUAACCAUGCUGUUAGUUUCUAUAGUCUUAGUCAAGGGUGCUGCCCUACUGCUUUGUGUGCUUGGUCUCCGUGUUUUUCCUAGAAUGUCACAUUCUUCGACUGACAGAAGCUUCAACAUAAUCGGGCCUGAGUUGUCAACCAGAUAUUAAGAUUUGGGAUAGCAGGUAGUCUUAGAGUCAGAUUUCUUGUGAGGUACAUUACACAGCCAUCUUCAUUAAGGGCAUGGUCAUCCCCAACCACCCAUUUUUAUAUUGCAUGGAUUUAACAAAGAUGUCAAGUGCAACGAAACUUUCAGAUCUUUACAAGAAAUAUUGUGAAAUACCUUCAAUACAUCCAUAUAUAAGUGGGUGUUUAUUGUUGUUUUUCAUACCGUAGUUGUUCUUUCUAGAAAUCCCCACUAUUGGAGGAGGGAAAAUAUAUCUUCCCCCAAGAGUUGCAAAAUUUUAAACAGGGGUUAAUGGUUGCUUUAUCUUAGUGUAAUGAAUUUAUAAUAAUCCGCCCUUUACAGAACGGUGAGUCGUGGAGUGUGGACAGCUGCACGACAGCAACGUGUGACAAUGGAAAAGUGGUAACAGACCAUGUGCCUUGUAAACCAGUGACUAUGCCCAUUUGUGAAAAUGAACAUCCACCUGUUAGGGUGUACGAUGAAGAUGGCUGCUGUUUCCACUAUGAAUGCAGAUGUAAGUCCACAUAAAUACUAUUUGUGGAAUAUUUCAAAUUUAUAUCUCAUACUGGCUGACUUUAAUACAUAUGCCUGAUACAACACUGAACAUUAUCUCGAUGGAAUAUUUGCAGGUAUUUGCACCGGCUGGGGAGAUCCUCAUAUGGUGACCUUUGAUGGCCAGUAUUACAGCUUCCAGGAAAACUGCACUUACGUCCUCGUCAAAGAAAUUAUUCCUAAAUACAAUUUUAGGAUUACUAUUGACAAUGAAGACUGUAGUAACACUGAUGAUGUGACUUGUCCCAAAGCCUUAAUGGUGUACUAUAAAAACUAUGAAGUUAUUUUGACACAGAGCAACAAUUUAACGAACAGGGUGAGUAUUGACACAACAAAAGUUGACACGUCAAGUUAUUUUUAAUGUAAUGUUUGCUUAAUUAUGUUUUGUAAUGGUAUACAUGAUAUUUUUUUAAUCAAAGUUUUUUACCUUUUUUCAGGUGUAUGUCAAUGGCGAUCAGGUGUCCCCAACCUACUCAAAUGAUGACCUCUCCAUAAUGAGUACUGGAAUUGAACUGCUUUUAGAAAUUCCUGAAAUUGAAGCAGCAAUAAUGUAUGAGGGACUCAUGUUCAGAGUUGAAUUGCCUUUUUCACUUUUCCACAACAACACGGAGGGGCAGUGUGGUAAGUUGAACCUCAUUUUGUGAUUGGAAUUACUGUUUUUGAAAGCAAAUCAGACUGAAUAUUCAACUGACUAAUGAUACUGUUCAGAUGAGUUCAGUAUUUGGUAUGAAAGUGCUUAAAGACAUACCAAAUGCUGCAAUGCAUUGGUGGUAACAGAUUUUAUGUUCAUCUUUACUUUGACAAGGUUACUGUGACAACAACAUGAAAAAUGACUGCAGAUUACCAAACGGUGAGACUCAUUCUUCAUGUUCUGAGAUGGGACAUCACUGGCAAAUACCAGACAAGAAUAAGCCAUAUUGUGAGCCACAGCCAACACCAACACCAACACCUACAGAAGUAUCCUGCGAAGCUGAUAUUUGUGAAAUAUUGACCAGCAAGUAAGAUUUUACAAAAAAAACAUAAACACAAUAUAAAAGUCCAUUAUUGAUUGUCACUUUAAUUAACAGUUCAUAAUCUGCUUGCGUUAAGGGUUUUUGAGGAAUGCCACAAAGUAAUAUCACCACAACCCUAUUAUGAUGCCUGUAAGUUUGAUGUUUGCCACAUGCCCGAUUCCGCUGUUGGCUGUACCAGUUUGGAAGCUUAUGCUGCAGAGUGUGCUGAAGCAUUAGUCUGUGUUGCCUGGAGAAACUUUACAAAUGGAGUUUGUGGUAGGAGGGCUUUCUUAUUUUUAUUUAUUUAUUUUUAUAUAUAUAAAUUUAUGUCAUUGCAGAUAUCUAUAUGACCUUUUUAUAUCAUUUUGAAUUUUGACUCUCUUUUCUCUCGUGAUAGAGUAUCCAUGUCCUGCUAAUAAAGUCUACAAGCCCUGUGGACCAGUCUUUGCACCUACCUGCAAUGUAAGGUACGUUUUUGCUUCUGGUUUGUGAGAUCAUAAAUCUUACACUGUCAGCAGAUUGUUACGAAAUAAUACUCUAACAACACUAAUUUCUUUAAGAGGCCAUAGUUAGACUUAAUUACAUGGCCACAAGGCAUUCAAACAAGCUCAUAUUAAUAACUCUUAACGUUUAACAAACUAGCAUAUGCAAAUGAGAAGUCAACAUUAAGCACAGCUAAAGCACAUGUGAAUAAAUUAAUUUUGCGUUGAAUACAUUAAUUAAACAUUUAAAACUCACGGAAAAUCUAAUUCCAUUGCUUAGAUUGCAAAUUAAUCCUUAAUGACUGUAUGUACUAAGUAGCAUUAAAAUCCAUCUCAUAGCCAGUUGACAUCAGUGUACAUUGAUCAACAUUGAGACAAACGUACAUGCACCUGAGUAAGCCAGAAGGCUAAAUUUCAUCUGCAGUCCCUUUUCCUGAUGACGUCAGGCACCUAGAGCGGAUUCUAGAGUGUGAGGUGGCCCCAAGCAAAAAUUCUCAAGGGGUCCCUCUGAAAAACAUUUAACAUAUUUAUAAAUGAUCUGAAACCAUCAAAGGAGGUCAGAACAGCCUUUUGGGGCCCUCUGCUGGUCUAGUGAAUUCCACCAAUGGGAUGCUCUGAUAGAAAAGACACCCUGACUAAAUGAGGUUUUCCUUGUGCAGAUCUUCUUAAUCAGUCAACACAACUUCAAAAGUUUCUCUGUAAAAUUAAAGAACCAAUAAGUUCCAGACUUAAUCUUUAACUGCUAUGCAUGCAAAAAUUACUGAAGUUUCAAAACUUUAAACUAAAAUGCAGAAAAAAUCAAAUAGCGGGAAUCGACCUAUGUCAAGGACAAAAGAAGAGAAAAAGACAAAGAGAGAGUGUGGGGAAGAAGAGAGAAAAAGUAGGAGAAAGAGCAAAGGGAGGAUAAAGAGGACCCCAAGAGCUGCACAGAUAACACAGUCACAUAACCCACGCAUACUGCACAAGAAUCUCACAGAAAUGGUUAAAAGUAAAAUACUGACGAUAAAUAACAAUGACAAAAAAAAUAAGACAUGGUAAGGUUCGAUAAGGUAAUCAAGAUUAAAAAGAAAAUGAAAAGAUAACACUAUGACAUUAUUGCACCAUCCAGCUACUAAACGUAGAUUCAUAUGAUCACAUGCUCACUCGGCUUCAAAUGUCCCUUUAAAAGAACACUGAUUGUUCUGAUCUUCUCUGAAACAAACGGGCCAUAACACAUAAAACAAACUGCGACUAAGAAAAGAAUCAACCCCUGUAAAUGUAAGUAUUUUUGAAAAACAGCUGAUUUUACAUACUUACAUGCAGAAUGUUACAGGACAUUAAAACCUCCUAUUAAUUAUUAAUGCUAUGUAAAUACAUGAACUCUUAACUACACAUUUUUAUGGUGAUAACUGUUACUCGAAGUAAGGUUAAUAACAUGAGUGUAACAUGUAAUAAAAUGAUCAAAACUCAGUCUCCUAAUUGGGAUAAACACACAUUUUUUCUUUCUAAAAUAUAUAUUUAUAUUUUUCAUCUUUAUUUGUUUUUGUGUUUAGAACCAAUGAAAAUAUCGCAAAACAAUGUAACGGCAAAAAGAAAGAUCAGAAUCUGGCUUGUAAUGGAUUACUGGAGGGAUGUUUCUGCCCUGAGGGGAUGACGCCAUUCAACUCUGAUUGUGACAUCUGUGUUACCUCCUGUAAGAGCCUUUCAUUUGUGAAGGAACACACACACACACACACACACACACACACACACUAGAUCUAUCUAUCUAUCUAUCUAUCUAGAUCUAGAUCUAUCUAUCUAUCUAUCUAUCUAUCUAUCUAUCUAUCUAUCUACUAUCGCACGUGUGUGUUUUGGUUUGCUGAUUCAUUCAUUUAUAAAUGUAGGUGGAUGUAUAGGGUACGGAUUAAUGUUGAGGUAACUAAUUGUUUCUGUCGUCUGAAGGUUGUACUGGACCUGAUGGCAAACCCAAACUGGUAAAUACAGAACUAAUCAUUAUUAUUUGUAAUGAAUUUUGUAUUUUGUAUUUUGAUGCCUAGCGUUCAUUCUCUCAACAGCCUGGCGAGCCCUGGCUGAUCGACUGUCAGGAGUGCGUCUGUGGUAAUGACGCAAGUGUUCAUUGUGAGCCUAUCGCGUGUCCAACUCAAGAACCAGUGAACUGUACAAAAGAGGGCGAAGUGUUGGUGACACGCACAGUGGACUGCUGUGAGAUUCAGACAUGUGGUGAGUUGAACGAGGAAGCAAACCUGCAUCUCCUGCUGACUUACAAUUGUAAGAGGCAGGUGUGAUCUUUCCUUUGAAUUUAAGACAAUACUGAUUUGCCAGAUUAUUGCUCAGUAUGUGGAGCUUUUUAAAACCAAUGCCGUCUGAUUUAUCCGCCUCUAUGAUUCUAGAUCGGUUUCAAUAUUUAAAGAGUUCACUCCUGAAUCACAUAGAAUCAAACUGGGGAGUGUUUCUGUAAUGAAGAAGAUACCAACAUUCACAGACACUAGUCACAAAGUGUUCCACACUGGAUCACAUAAAUUCACCAAGAUGGUCACACAGCUAAAUCAACAUCAUAAUGAAAUAGUUUCAACACACACUAAUCCUUAUGACAUGCAAAUAUGUAAGAGUAAUGUACAGUAAGAGGUUUACCGCAGGUACAGUCCAGACCUCUUUCAGAAACACCUUUCUUUUGUGAAAUUGUUGCAUCAAACAUUUCAAAUCCUGUUUCAUCUUAUGUUCAACUCAAACAAUCGAAAAAAAAUUUUUUUCUUAAAAUCAACAGAAUGUGACCCGAGCAGCUGCCAAUUACCAUCACAUAAGUGUCCAUUAGGAUAUGCUAUGGAAUUGCAUGUUUCGGAUGACGAUUGUUGCCCCACGGUCACGUGUGGUAAGCAUUACAUUCAAGUUUCAUUCUUUACAAGUGUAUCAUUAUUAUGUAAAAGACUUGAAACUUUAAUGUCAUCUUGUUUUUAUUUUCAUCUAGUUCCCAAAAGGGUCUGUGUCUUCAAUGAUACUGAGUAUCAGGUAGGGAUUGAUACAGUAUACUGCAAAAAUGUGUGUGGGCCAAACUGAAAGGGACUUGCUCGUUACUGUGUAACUUAAACUCUGCAAUGUCAUUCCUGUUGAAAUACUGGAAAUCUCACUUUCUUUGACAUUUCCAGCCUGGUUCAACUUUCUCCAAAAGCCCAUGUGAAUCUUGCAGCUGCACAGACGACAAGGACUCUGAUGAGAUGCUGAACAGCAUUGCGUGCAUCGUGAUGGAUUGUUUAGACGAGUGUCCACAGGUACUUUUGCAUAAUGUACCAAGGAAUUUGUUAUUUUGCAUCAUUUUAUUUGAGGCAGUUUCUCAACGAUCACCAAGAAGUUUACUGAUGAUCUGUCUAACAUUUGCAAGUCAUGGCAAGGAUAUUGUUUUAUGUGUAGCUGACAUACUGUACGUUUGCCAAGGAGAUAAGAGUGCAGUUUCAAAAAGUUGUUGUCUUGUAAUCCAAGUUCAACCAGGUAUAAACUGUUGUAUUGUUCACGUAACCAUACCAUGUACACUGUGUGCUCAAGGAAAUGGGACUUUUUUAUUUUUAAGGUUUAAAACAUUGUUGUUGUUGUUGUUUUUUCAAAUGUAAGCCUCCACUUAUGUUAGGUGUUGAUAUAUGUACAAUUUCGAUUUCGACUGCCACUGAAGAUUGUCCAUUACUGACUUACUAAUGUGAAUGUGACUCAGAGCAACAGGAAAUUUGUCUCAGUCAAUCAAUCUCUACUGGUGUUGUGCCAAUUCAUAACAAAUGUUAACAAGGGCAUUUUACAAAAAGAGCAGGUCUCGACCAUGGUCUAGACCAUACUGUUUGGUAUACGGUGUAUUAUUUACAGAGACCUUACAUCAAAAGCAAAUAAGAUUUUAUCUUACGGAAUCUCAAUCAACCAUGGACAGAGCACUUUGCUGCAUUUAAUGUGUUACAAAGAUGAGGAAAAGCUUCCUUUAAACAUACAGAGACCUUUGUCAGGACUUGACUAUGUUGAACAGCCAUCUGCUGCAACUGUAAAUCAACUGACUGUAAAUCUCUGAAACUGAAAGUUAGGACUUUUUUAAAAACUUUGUCGUAAACACCAAACAAUCAACAGAUCCCCUUAAGAAGUCUGGCAGCAUAAGUCAAAAUAUUUUUGUCCCAAACCCUUGCAUAUUGGAGUGACGAGAUUUUCUCCAGAUCUUUUCUCUAGAUUUAGACUUUCUCCAUGAGCAAAAGUUUUCGGCAAAUUAGAAUAACUUUAAUAAUUAUGUGUGAACUUCGUGGAUUUAAGUCUUAGUACAUCUAAAUUUUUGCUUUUUUUUAAGGGAUAUGAAUUUGAAAGCAAACCUGGGGAAUGUUGUCCAUCACCCAAGAAGACAAGCUGUGUGUUGGAGCUCCCUGACCUUACUGACCCAAUAAUUAUUGAAGUAAGUACAGUGCCAUGGAACAUCUUCAUAAUCAAUGUCAUUUACCUUAAACUGUGGUGCUGGUGAGAAAUGUUUGUGUUCACCACUUCACUCUUCUGACAGCCUUCAAAGUCUUGGUCACCACCCAAUGACACCUGCAUAAAGUAUGAGUGUCAAAAAGUCAAGGAUGACUUUGUGAUCAGCAAAAAUGAAGUCACUUGUCCUGCAUUUGAUCCUGAGGACUGCGUACCUGUGAGUAAAAUCCAGCUAUUUAAGGAGCAAAAUCACUAAUUUAAGGAAUCAAGAGCUUGUAAAUAUCAUUUUUCUUCUUGUCACUGAUUUUCUUGUUUGCUUUUGGAUAUCAUGACAAUACAUCCAUGUGAAUCUCAGUUUAUUUCAUUAACAUAAAAACCCUCAGUGGAGGUUAAAUAUUUCACAUUUUAUGAUUUUAUGUUGAAGUCUGUUUAUAUAUAUAUUUUGCACAGACAAAUCUACAGGGCUGACUGACAUGUAUGUUACCAUACACAACUGCCCAGUGGUAGAAAUUGCUGUAUAUACUUUUAUUCAAAAGCACUGCAUUGCAAAUAAUUUGUGUGUGCCAUUAUAUCUGUUAGUGGUGUCUGUUUAUUUCAUUCUCUUUACCGUCAAUAUUUACAGGGAACUGAACAAACAGACAUGAAUGGUUGUUGCAGAACAUGUAAGUAUGAAUUGUUGAAUGAUUUCCUGUCAUAUAUUGCUACAAACACCAUAUUUUACACAAUGAUAUCAGUACUCCAACAAUGAGUCGCAUAACCCUCCACAUGGCUCAUGAUGGAAGAUAGAUGGCAAAGAUGGGCUGUGAGAGCCAGUCCAUCACAAGGAUUAGCAACUUCUGCUGACUGCUGCCUUUUCAAGUUAGGCCCUCAGCACAUCAGGGAGGCACAACAUCUCUCAUCCACCACACCCUCAUCCCAACAAACACAGAAAUUAUUUAUGAAUGACAAACUUGUCAUUUCUAAAAACUGUUUCAACAACAAACCAAUCAGAAACUUCUGGUCUUGUUUAACAAACACCUAUAAUCAGAACCAGUAAUUUGAACAGAACUCCUCGAUAAUCAUUCUAUAAAGGCUAUAAUGUGUACAUACCACAUGCUAGAAUGUGUUUUGAUAGCUGUUUAUAUGUGUUUUAAAGGUACGCCUCGUCACAGAUGUUUUAGAAGAUCGAACUCCACCUACCUAAAGGCUAAGGACUGCAAGUCUGUUGUUCCAGUGAAAAUCUACACAUGUUUGGGAUCCUGUGGACCAUCAUCUUCAGUGUGAGUACCUGCACUCGUGGACAGAACCAUUCAUUACAUUGUACAGCAAGGAGUCCUGUCUGAAACGCUUUCUCCUUUCAGGUACUCUGCGGAGACUAACACUAUAGAGCAUUCAUGCCCCUGCUGUAGAGCAAUAAAAACUGAAACGAAGAAAGUGGAGAUGGUGUGCCCUGAUGGCACCAAGAAGAUGCACUCUUUCAUCAUAAUAAAAGACUGUGAUUGCGUGGCCAGUAAUUGUUAAAAGACCACCGGACUAAUGCAAAGGGUCUAAACGUUUAAGGAUUAGCAGAAAAGGAAAUUCUGACCAAUAUUCAUUAUAAAUUGAACAAUUCUUCUUCAAAAAAAAAUAAAUGACAUCUCUAAGGUGUUCUGGUCUAAAAUUUCCCAAUACCUUAAUGUUGGCCCUUGGCACCUUCA